AUGCGCGUCUCGGACGUGGCCGACGCCUUCGCUCAUUUGCCGAUCGCGCCCGAGCUGUGGCCGUUCUUCUUCUCGCGGUUCUGGCUAGAGCACCGGGGGCCGCUGUACCUGCUGGUGAACGUCUGUUGCGACUUUGGGACAGCGGGCAUGCCAGGCACAUUCAAGCGGUUUUUCGUCGACGGGGUCGUGCAGAUGGCAAGGUCCGAGCAGGUCCUCACUCUGCCUAUGGCGAUACACGUCGAUGACUGCGCGCUCAUGGGACCUGACCGAUGCCAGGUUGACAAUGAGAUGCUCGGCUUCCAUUGGUGGUGCUCGUUGCUCGGAGUCUUCUUCAAGGCUGCGAAGGACCGCCCCGCCGCAAUGUGCCAGUACGUGAUCGGCUUCUGGUGGAACUCCGUGGACCGCACGCGCACCCUCGACCCCGCUAAACGGGACGAGUACAGUGCGAUGCUGGACGAGAUGUGCGGGCGACCGUCCCUCACGCUGAACGAGAUGCAGGUUGCCGCCGGCCGGAUCCAACGGUGCGUCAUGACUUUUCCACCCGGGGCGGGCUGUCUGCUCUCUGGCCUGUUUGGGCUCAUGACAGGCCUCCGCUUCGCGUGGCAACGGCGGCGCCUCACGCGGGCGAUUAAAUUGGACUUCCAGAUCGUGCGGCGCCUUUUGCAGUGGAACCACGGGCGGGGAUUCUUCUCGUACCUUGGCCUCCCGAGGGCGGGCGAGGUGCGCUCGGAUGCCAGCCGGGGCAGCCUCUAUGCCGGGGGGGGCUAUGUCGACGUGUGGGGCAGGUACAGCCUGUGGCGUUACACGCGGUCGGCCGCUCGCUCGCUCAUCGACUACCUCGAGGGGGACGCUGUCACAGUCGCCACCGCGGAGCUUGGUCACUCUUGGCGCGGAUGCAUCGUCCCCUUUGCCGUUGACAACCGGACCAUCGAGGGCUCGGGCUCGCGGGGAAGGUCGCGAGCGGAGCGGCUUCGCUUCCUCAUGUACGAGUUCUUCGCCCUGCAGUUGCGAUACGGGUUUGUCUACUCCUUCUACUGGAUCAGCUCGGAGGCAAACUACCUGGCGGACGACCUGUCGAGAGGCCGCGAGGCGGAGUUCCUCGCGAAGGUCGAUGAGAGCGGCUUCCUGGCUCCAGGCGCUUUCCUGCAGAGGAGCGCCGGCGCGGGCAGGGAGCGCGCGCUGCCGGAACGCCGCCGGCGGACGUGGAUCACGCUUUGCCUUUUUGUCACGUGCGUGGUCGAGCAGACUGAGGCCGUCACCCCUCUCGCAGUCCAUGGCGGCCUUCCCCUCGUGGCGGUCAUCCUGGGCGCCAUCAUAGCGGGCGAACAUGGGGACAACGAUCCUCUCCAUGGCCUCCCGUGCCGGUGGGUGCGACCGGUGGAGAGCGUCUUUGACAACCGGCUGGCGCCGUCGUCAUGGCGUACGGUGAAUGCGGCCAUGAAGUACUGGAAGGAGACGUGUUUGCAGUACGGCUGGUCGGUCAUCAUCUACACAGAUGACCCCGAGAGGGGCGGAAAGCUUGCCGCAUGCGUAAUGUCGAUGGUCGUGGACACGAAGCUUGUCUUCGGCUCGAUCGAGGGCUACGCGUGGGGCAUCUGCACGUGGCAGCAGAUGAUGCACCAGGCAGAUCCACGUCUUGGCGUCGUCGAUUGGACCAUGUUCAUGGCCGGGGUCAAGGUCUUGACGUGGGUCCCUGGCGAGCCUCGGAAGGCCGUCCCCUUCGCCAUCGUCGCCGCCAUUAUCAGGGCGACUGACGUGAGGAACUUCGCAUCCGUCCAGCUCGUUUUCCUCAUCCUCCUGCUCGUGUACACCUUUUCUCGCUCCGAGUCAGGCCUCUGCAAGACCUUUGAGGGGCGUGAGAGGUUUGACAAGACCGAACAUAUGACGGUCAGCGACGUCGACAUCGGACAGGUCCAGGACGAAAGCGGCAACACGGUGCGGGGAUUGUGGGUCCGUUUCAAGAAGAUCAAGCAGGACCAGCGUGUGGAGCGCCCAGAGGCGAGGGGCGACGGCGACUGGGCCUUUGUUGGCGAUGUGGCUGACUCGAGGUACAGCAUCAUUGCGUGGUUCGUGCGCCUCAUGGGGUUCCACAUCGCCGUCCUCAACGCCCGUCGCGACCCAGACGAGCCUUUCUUCCUCGAGACGGUGGAUGGCCGCCGACGCCCCCUCCGCUACGCGCCCGCCAUGGACCAGUUCAAGGCGGCUCAACGCGCUGUCGGUGUCGCGGCGGGCGAGGAGGGCGGGCUCCACGGCCUGCGGGUCGAGGGCUACAACAACUCGAAGCGGGUGUUGGGCGAGGACGUGACGGUGGCGCAUGGCUUAAUGAAGAGCGAUGCCCACAAGCGCUACUCGCGUUUCCCGAUGGGUCUCGUUGCUCAGAUCCCAGCCGCGGGUGGUGGCUCGGCCGCUGCCACAGCAAGCGGCGCGGUCGCGGCGGUCGACGGGCGGGUCGAGGGCCCAGCGAACGUGGUGCCUGAGGGGGGCGACGAGGCUGGCGACGUCCACACGUCCAUCGCGGAGGCCGAGGCCGCCAGCGAGGCCAACCUCCUCCCCGACGGCUGGCGCCUCUCCCAGGGGGGCGGCUACGUGGGGCCAGACGGCCGCUCCGCGCUCAGCCGGGCCGAUGCGUGGCGCGAGUGGGAUGAGUCGUCGCGCGCCGAGGCGGACGGCGACGCUCUCCCCGACUACCUCUCUUAUGACGACGACGGCGAGGCAGGCGCCUCCGACUCCGACUCCAUGCCGGGCCUCGAGGAGGUCUCGGACUUUGCCAUCAGUGCGAUGGAAUAG